AUGUUGCUGUGGUCAGUAUGGAGUGCAAUAUUGCUACUGACCCCCCUGGAGGCUGCAGAGGAGGACGAUGUCCGAGCAGGCUGCAGCACUGCUGUAAACGACCUGGUCUAUAUUGUUGAUGGCUCAUGGAGUGUUGGCUUCUCUGACUUCGACACUGCCAAGCAGUGGCUUAUCAACAUCACUAGCCAAUUUGACAUCAGUUCCCACUACACACAGGUGGCUGUGAUCCAGUACAGUGACACUCCUCGUCUGGAGAUUUCUCUGGGGAAGCACCAGGGUGGAGCAGAGCUCAUCCAGGCCAUACAGAGCAUCACGUACCUGGGAGGAAACACACAGACUGGCAGGGCCAUCAAGUUUGCUGUGGACCACGUCUUCUCCUCAUCCCAAAGAGCCAGCCAGGUCAAGAACCGCAUUGCUGUGGUGGUUACUGAUGGCAAAUCUCAGGACGAUGUGGUGGAUGCCAGUAUGGAGGCACGAGCUCAGGGCAUUACAGUAUUCGCCGUUGGAGUUGGCAGUGAGAUCACCACCUCGGAGCUGGUAUCCAUCGCCAAUAAACCAUCAACCACCUAUGUCUUGUAUGCUGAAGAUUACACCACCAUUGACCGUAUCCGAGACUCCAUGGAACAAAAGCUCUGUGAAGAGUCUGUGUGUCCAACACGAAUCCCAGUGGCAUCUCGUGAUGAGAAAGGCUUUGAGCUCAUGUUGGGCAUGAACGUUCAGAUGAAGGCCAAGAAGAUCCCUGGCUCUCUGACCUCUGAGACAGCCUACGCUCUGACUGCCUCCAUAGACAUAACUGAGAACACCAGGGAGAUUUUCCCAGAGGGUCUCCCUCCAUCCUAUGUGUUCGUGGCCACCCUGCGUCUAAAGGGGUCUCCUAGCAGGCUAACCUUUGACCUUUGGAGGGUGCUGUCUAAGGAUAAGAAGAUCCAGGCUGCAGUGACACUAAGUGGGAAGGACAAAACUGUCAUGUUCACCACCACCAGUAUUACAGAAAAGGAGCAGAGAGUCACCUUUAAAACUGGCUUUGAGACUCUGUAUGACGGAAAGUGGCAUCAGCUCAAACUACUGGUGAGGCCACACCAGGUCACCAGUUUCCUUGACGAUCAAACAAUCCAGGAAGUAAAGUUGGAACCGGUGGAGCCUAUUUACAUCAAUGGAGAGACACAGUUGUCAAAGAGGCGUGGAACAGACAUCACUGUGCCUGUGGAGAUUCAGAAGCUACGUCUGUACUGUGAUCCUCAUCAGAGUGAGAGAGAAACAGCUUGCGAGAUCUACUCUGUGGAUGAUGAAAGGUGUCCUCUGGAUCGAACAGCCACAGUCGAGGAAGAAGACUGCAACUGUGUGGUCGGACCACCAGGGCAGCGCGGCCUGCCAGGACGCAUGGGUUUCCGAGGGGAGAAAGGGAGGGAAGGACCCCCAGGACCUGAUGGUAAGCCUGGUAAAGAUGGGAUACCUGGGGAAUCUGGACCUCUUGGAUUGCCAGGGAUGAAGGGUGAAGUCGGCUCAGUCGGACCAAAGGGGGAGCCCGGGGUUAAAGGUAGCACGGGAGACAGAGGGGAACCAGGGUUAUCAGGAGAACCAGGACCCCCAGGAGCCAAGGGUCUUCCUAGUGAGAGAGGUGAGCCGGGCCCUCCAGGAGAACCCGGACCAAUGGGGGAGCCAGGACUACCAGGCACCGGUGGACUGGUUGGGCCACUAGGACCAAAGGGAGACAGGGGAGACACUGGGCUGACUGGUGCUGCUGGAGCUCAAGGUGCCCCGGGUGCCCAGGGACCACCUGGCGAAGCAGGCCCAAAGGGACCUCAGGGAGAUAUUGGGUUGCCUGGGCCACAAGGACCACCUGGAAUAAAAGGAAUGCCGGGAAUCCAGGGGCCCCAGGGGCCGCCCGGAGAGAUCGGCCGAGAUGGUCCCAAGGGGAAGUGUGGAGAUCCAGGGGUCACGGGCCCUUUUGGUCCACCAGGCCAGAAGGGCUCAACAGGAGAACCAGGUUUUCCAGGGCUGCCAGGUGGCAUGGGCAUGCCGGGGUUCAAAGGUCACAAGGGGGAGAGAGGAGAGGCGGGCUCUAAAGGAUCCCAGGGGGAGCGAGGCAGAGAUGGAGAUCCAGGGACUCCCGGUGUACCUGGUGAAGUGGGACCCAGGGGAAGGAAAGGAGAGAAAGGAGUGACAGGUGACGUUGGCCUCAGGGGGACUGAAGGAAAGAAAGGGGACAUGGGCCACAUGGGUUCUGUUGGACCCAGGGGAUUUCCUGGCCAGGACGGGUUGCCAGGGCAACCAGGCCAACCCGGUUAUCCAGGGAAACCUGGCAAGCCUCCCUCAGAUGAACAUCUUCUAAAGCUCUGCACUGAUGUUCUGCGUAAUCAACUUCCAGCACUGCUCCAGAGCCUGGCUCCCCCAGCUAGGUGUGAACACUGCCAGAGUGUGAAGGGACCCCCAGGCGAGCCAGGAGCACCAGGACCCAAAGGCUCCAUGGGGACUCCUGGCUACCCUGGAAGGAGUGGCUCUCCCGGUUACCCAGGACCCCCUGGAAUGCAGGGUCCUGUAGGCCUCAAAGGUGACAUGGGACCGAGAGGGCUCAAAGGCAGCAAGGGAGAAGGUUACCGCGGACCUCCAGGACCACCUGGACAGCCAGGAAUUCAAGGUCCUCGUGGCUUCGAUGGAAUCGGCCACCCAGGCAACCAGGGAAUUCCCGGAAAACCGGGGCCACCAGGAGAUCCUGGUAAACGGGGCAAUCCGGGUCUUCCGGGGGUUUGUGAUGUUUCCAUGUGUUAUCAGACAUACAACCUCAGAGAACAUUACAGCAAAGGACCCAACAUCUGA